UGUCAUUCUGCGGCUCAAUUUCCAGGAAGAAAAAUGUACCACUGCUUGACAUCAUGCAAAACGCUGGUCUCAUAAGACGUGGCACGGGCAACGCGGUCCUCGAGCUAACGAAAGUGCCGUCACUGCCGGACGACUACGUGCUCGUGAGGACGAAAGCCGUAGCACUGAAUCCGACCGACUGGACCACCCUCGAUGCGCCUGGAGACGACGGGACCAUUGUCGGGUGUGACUAUGCCGGUGUGGUGGAAGAUGUAGGGCGAGAAGCUGCCAAGCGGUUCCGCAAGGGUGACCGCAUUGCUGGAUUUGCACAUGGAGGAAACGAUGCAAACCCAGAGAACGGAGCGUUCGCCCGCUACAUUGCCGUGAAAAGCGACCUUCAGAUGCACAUCCCUGACGGUGUCUCCUUUGAAGCUGCAUCCACUGUGGGUUGUGGUGUUGGAUCAGCCGGAUAUGGACUGUAUCACGUCCUGAAUCUGAGGUGGCCCGGGUCGACUCCCAGCGAGAGCAAAGAGACGAUCUUGAUCUACGGGGGAAGCACUGCGACUGGUGCGGUUGCGAUUCAGCUUGCGAAGUUGUCCGGCUAUAAUGUGAUCACUACAUGCUCUCCGCACAACUUUGACUACGUGAAGAGCCUGGGUGCUGACAGUGUUUUUGAUUAUCGAGCCUCAAACGUGGGUAAAAAUAUUUUUGAAGCAACAGAGGGUUCAAUCAACAAGGUCUACGACACUGUCAGCACACCAGACUCUGCAGCGAUCUGUGCGGCGGCAUUCGGACCGCAUGGAGGCACAUACUGCAACCUGCUUGGAAUUGAAUGUCCACGCUCCGACAUAGAGUCCGUCUACUUUUUGGGAUAUGACAUGUCGGGCGAGGCAUACAUAUUCGAACGCGAAUCCUACCCAGCAAGGCCGGAUGCUUUGGAGUUCGGUCGGAAAUGGUACAGUUUAGCUGAAGAGCUCUGGGCAGGAGGUAAGUGGCAGAACCACCGCCAGAAAGUGGGAGACAACGGGCUCUUGGGUGUGAUAGACGGCAUGGAAAAGAUGCGGCAAGGUCUGGUCAGCGGGGAGAAACUUGUCUACCGCGUUGACGACACGGAGUGGCCGAGCGCUGCCUAGAGUACGGCGCUAUUUGCAUAAACAUGUACUUUAUGGUAGACAAGAAAUAGUCCAUGAUUUUAAGCUUGAUUGGUGGCCCGCCAGGGCUGCAAAGCAAA